GAGACCGGCGUCGUGGUUUGUCAGGCAGUCGGCCACAAAAUGCGCCCGGUUAUGCGUUGGCCUUAAUAAUUGCGAAGCAUUCCUGGAAAAUCACGCGUCCAAAGUAGCAUCUGAAGUAGCUUUAUUACACUCAUAUUGCGCCGGUCCAUUGACGUCUGACGGAAUAUCACAGCUAAGCAAGGACAUACCCUUUAGACAAGGCUGCGAUUUGCAAGACCAUUGAGACCUCAAGGUCUUGAUAUUUGUACCCUUUCCUUUAAAUUGGAAAUAUCCACCAGUUUUGCGUGGGUUGGGCACCAAAACUAGGGUUUUAUGCCUUACAGCCUUACGUGCAGUGUGCCCCUCGUUCCAGAAAUUAUGACUCCGCAAACGGUCUGUGUGUGUCAUUUGCGCCCACGGCUAUAAGUCAAUUGACCUGGACCAGGUUUGACUUCCACUACAUACACCAUGGCCGACAAAACCUACUAUGUCGACGAGACUGUCGGCAAGGAUGAAAGCGCAACUGAGGGCACUCAGUUGCUACCAUUCCGCACUGUACAAGCCGCUUAUCUCAAGUUUGGUGACACUGCCAAUUAUCUCGUUCGAAAAGCCACUGAAGUCGCCGAGAAUGCCGCUGAAUCUGCACCCGCUGACUGGCAACCUGCGGCAAAAACAGCGUUGAAAAAUGCCAAGAAGUACGCUGAGCAACUGAAGAAGAAAGAAGCCAAGGAAAAAGAACAGCUGGAAAAGAAAGCAAAAGAAGACUCUGAGCGAGCUAAGGUGCUCGAAGAAGCCAAGAAAGUGGUUAUCACAGAAGACCCGAGCUUACCAAAGGCUAUCAAGAUCAAGCUCCACGAAAAGGAUCCUGCUUCAAUCCAGCUACGCAAAUUUGGAGACAGUAGCGACACUAACCGUGGGACACGGGUGAGGGUGUUCGGAAGAGUCCACCGUGAGCGCAAACAGAAAGAUAUCAUCUUCAUAACAUUAAGAGACGGCUACGGACAAUUGCAAUGUAUCAUCAACGCCCCUCUUUCGAAAACUUAUGACAUGCUCACCCUGACGCGGGAAACAUCUAUAGAAGUACUCGGAGAGAUGUGUGAGGUUCCCAAGGGCAACAACGCACCAGAUGACAGGGAGCUGCAAGUCGACUUCUUCAAGAUUGAACCAGAGUGGAAGGCUGCUGGUGGUGAGGAUGCCAUAACCAACAGAGUCAGCGCAGACACCGAGCAUGCCACACUUCUCAACCUACGACAUCUAACGCUAAGAGGUGAUACUGCGUCAAGUGUCAUGCUAGUUCGAGAUACUGUCGAAUUUGCAUUCAACCAAGUCUAUCGCGAACUCAAGAUCCGUAAAGUCAGCCCUCCAGCGAUGGUCCAGACACAAGUUGAGGGCGGUGCCACUCUAUUCAAGUUCGACUAUUACGGAGAACCUGCUUUUCUUACUCAAUCCUCUCAACUCUAUCUCGAGACCUGUCUUCCAUCCAUGGGCGAUGUAUACUGUAUUGAGAAAUCAUUCCGUGCUGAGAAGUCCCUGACGCGGCGUCAUCUUUCAGAAUACACUCAUGUCGAAGCGGAACUUGACUUUAUCACCUUCGAUGACCUACUGGAACAUCUUGAGCAUGUAAUGUGCCGAGUCCUUGAAGUUACACUGGCUGACGCCGAUACUGCUGCACAUAUCAAAAAGCUCAACCCCGAUUUCAAGAUGCCAGAACGUCCCUUCAUGCGUAUGCGAUACUCAGAUGCCAUCCAGUGGCUCAUCGAGCAUGAUAUCCCCAACGAAGAUGGCGAGCCGCAUAAGAUUGGAGACGAUAUCGCAGAGGCAGCGGAGCGGAAGAUGACCGAUAUUAUCAACCGACCUAUCUUCCUUACGCAUUUCCCGGUGGAGAUCAAGGCUUUCUAUAUGAUGAAGGACAAAGAAGACAAGACCAUCACUGAAAGUGUCGACUGCCUCAUGCCAGGUGUAGGAGAAAUUGUGGGAGGUAGCAUGAGGAUCUACGAUCUCAAGGAACUCAGUGAGGCCUUUAUCAGAGAGGAAAUCGACCCGACGGAAUACUAUUGGUACACUGACCAGAGAAAGUAUGGCUCUUCUCCCCACGGUGGCUAUGGUCUAGGUCUGGAGCGAUUCCUUGCAUGGCUCUGCAACCAACACACCGUCCGGGAUACAUGCUUGUAUCCUCGAUACUUCAAGCGCUGCAAACCUUAGUGGAUUAUUAGCCGCUUGUUGCCCUUAUCUCUGCAAGAUGUGUUGAAAACCCUAUACAUUAAGCAAAAUGUCAUAUGUGGAAUUAUGAGAUAGACUAAAUUCAAAACUUGAUACACUACCUCCUAUAGCUGACUACCUGUGAUUGGCAACGGCUAAUUUCAAAGUCCUAGGUAAUCGAAUUAUUGAGUCUC